ACUAUCUCGCCCAAAAUUCAUUCUUAGUAUAGUACAUUCUGGAUUCCUGAACUACUCUACAAGUCCGCAAGUUGAACACUGCAGCAGAAAGUGGGUAGAAGAGCCUCUCGGAAAGGAUGCAUUCGUUCUCUGCACACUCUCUCUUUGUUACCUUAAUCCUUUCGGGCUUUGUUCGAUUCUCAUUUUGCGAGCAAGGGUUCUGCUCUGUUCCUUCUAUCAUUGAUGAACAGCCACUGUAUUGGAAAGCCACGAACCCCACGCUGUCUCCUUCUCAUCUUCAAGAUUUACCAGGCUUCACCCGCAGUGUUUAUAAGAAGGACCAUGCUUUGAUAACUCCUGAAAGUCAUGUUUUCAGCCCUUUACCUGAUUGGAGCAAUACAUUGGCUGCUUAUCUCAUUACCCCAGCAAUGGGCUCUCACUUUGUGAUGUACUUGGCUAAAAUGCAAGAGAACUCAAAAUCAGGUUUCCCACCAGAGGAUGUUGAGAGGUUAAUAUUUGUGCUUCACGGUGUGGUGACACUCAAUGAUGCAUCAGGUGCUCAGCACAAGCUCGAGGUGGAUUCGUAUGCUUAUCUUCCACCUAACUCGCAACAUUCAUUGAACUCUGUUGCAGCUGCUACUAUUGUUGUCUUUGAAAGAAGGUAUGACUACUUUGAAAAUUAUAAGCCCGAGCAAGUUAUUGGCUCCACAGAUAAGCAGCCACUUUUGGAAACCCCAGGCGAGGUUUUUGGGCUCCGGAAGCUUCUUCCAACUUCUCUAGCAUAUGAUUUCAACAUUCAUAUCAUGGAUUUUCAACCUGGUGAAUUUCUGAAUGUUAAGGAAGUUCACUAUAACCAGCAUGGUCUGUUGCUUUUGGAGGGACAAGGCAUUUACCGUUUGAGCGAUAGCUGGUAUCCAGUACAGGCUGGCGAUACAAUUUGGAUGGCGCCCUUUGUACCACAGUGGUACGGUGCUCUUGGAAAGACAAAGACGCGCUAUUUGCUGUACAAAGAUGUCAACAGGAGUCCAUUUUAACAAAUGAAUGCAUGUCAUCCUAGUUUUAAGGGUAUGUACGUUUUGGACACCUUAAGUCAUUAUUUAUAAUGUGGUGUUAGAUAUAUGCAUGAGAAUUAAGGUAUGUAUGGGUGACUUAGGCUUCCACAAAACUAAACUUCUAUUGCAAUUUGUGCGUGCAAGUGUUUUGUACGGCGAGGAACUUGGCAUGGCUACCUUUCUUUUGCUUUUGCUAUCAAUGGCCUAAUUACUGUUUAUUUAAUGCUAAAUUAAAUUAUAUCCCAUUGAGAAUGUAUGAAUUUUAUACUUCCUCUAUCGUACAAAAAUACGCUCACUUUCUUUAUA